AGAUGUAAAUGCAGAUGUCAAAUAGAUGUCUCCUAGAUGUACGUGUGCUAUCAGGGUAACAUCUUGCAGACGUACGUGUGCUAUCUGGGGUUGUGUUCUUUGCUCGCUUUGAAUGACCGUGGAAAUUAAAUCAUUGCAAUUAACAGGCCUAACGUACAAUGUGUUUAUUAAACUGUGAUCACCGUAAAUACAGUUUCCGUCGUAUUAAAAACAUUUCAUAAAUUUUUUUCAAAAGCGUUAUACAAAUAUAGGAGACUGCGUUAAUUAGGGACACACACAUUUAUUACAGUAUAGAAAUUAUAAAAUAUAUUUUCUGCCUUAUUCUCUGAUAAAAAUGUGGAAAAAGAUUACAUUUGGCAUUUCUGUCAGCAUUACCCAUGAUCCUCCGCCUCCGGAUCCAGGCCGCGCCCGCGGGUCUUCUGUCCAGAUCCUGUCAAACGAGUCACCUGUCCAAACAUUGAUACACCUGAUUUACCGAACCCAAAGGCACUUUUAAGAGCCAACCUCUAUCUCUAUCUAUCUAUCUAUCUAUCUAUCUAUCUAUCUAUCUAUCUAUCUAUCUAUCUAUCUAUCUAUCUAUCUAUCUAUCUAUCUGUCUGUCUAUCUAUCCAUCUAUCUAUCUAUCUAUCUAUCGCAGCCUCUCUGUAUACAGUACAUCUGUCUGUUUGUGUCUGUCUGUCUGGCUCUGUGUUCAUCUGUCUGUAUCUGUUUGCGUUGCAAUGGCCUCCAAAUGUAAACUUGACUCCCAGGAUCCUCACUACCAAGAGGGGAGACGCGUGGCACUUGAACUGAAACUAGACCGUGUUCUAGCUGAAGCCAGGACAGCAGCUGUGGAGAGGAAACGUGCACGCUCUGCAGGAGACCCUCCACAGACCUCUAAAAGGGAGUUUUUAGGACAUGGCAAGCCGAGGGGGAGGCAAGGAGGGCGACACCAAGCUGCAGCUACAGAAAAAAAUAUGGAGAGGCUCUCCGAUAUUUUGACAUCUUAUCCUUCUGCUGAGCCUCAGAAAAGCUCUGCAUCAUCAUGGUCUUUUCGGCAGCAGAAAGCCUCAGAGCGCUGGAAAGAAGCAAGACCAUACCACCUAAAAUGCCUUAUUGCAACAGAGGCUGUUGGUCAGCCAUUGUGUUGGCUUUGCCAUGAGCCUGCUGUUAUUAGGUGCAGAGAGUGUCUUCCUGAGGAGUGGUUCUGUGGAGACUGUGAUGUAUUGCAUCACAAAAAACAGCCACUCCACAACAGAGAAUGUGUGAUUCAUGGGUUCUUUGAAGCCAUACCUCCAACCUCAUGCGUCAUUAAAGGGCGAGAUGGAUAUUGCAUCCAUGAGCAAGCUUGCAUUUUGCCAACAGUGAAGGCGCCAGACUGCUCCUGUGAAGGCACAAAGUUCACCAUAUUACCGGGCAAACCAGUGAUUUUAAUUACCAUCAAUGGGCGUUUUGACUUGCAUCAGCCACUACGUGUAUGUCAAACGUGCCAGCAUCAGUGGACCCCUGACUUGAAGGACCUCCUUAGGAGUGGAUAUUGGCCAGCCUCUGUUACCAGCUCCACACUUUAUACACUGGACCUCCUGAACUCCUUUCAGGAACUCAAGGUCAUCUCUCCAGGAUUCUCCAGACAAGCCUUCGCAAAGCUGCUGGAGCAUCGCACUAAGAUUGGAGGAAGAUCUGGACAAAUCAACGGCGAUACACUACAGCGCAGCUUCUUAGAGUUUUCAUAUGCUUCAUUUGAGGAAGACCAUCUCUGCUGUGGUGCUCCUUUCACCUGCCCAGCCUGCACGCCAGAAAUGUUGGCUGUUUCUGCCGAUGGAAACAGAAAGCUAUAUCGCUUUCGCCGAGACACAAGCUCUGAUGAUCCUGCCUUUUUUUGUGGCUGAAGAUGUUGCGGUGUCUAGAUUUGUGGAAACCAUACAGAAAGCAGUGAGAAAUACACAGGGAAAAGGCACAUGUGGGGACUCCCAGUGGACAGCAGCGAGGGAGACAUCAAGGAGGGCUUCCAAAUUGGAUGAAGAGGGGAUGGAGGUUGCAGUGUGUCGCCACGGAUUCCUUCUGAAAGCUCUUAAUAUGUACAGGGGGGAGAUAUUUGCCUACCCUCUGUAUCUUCAGAAGGAGCGCAUGCCAGCCAAGGCACAAUUCUUUGCAAUGGAUGUGGCUUGCAAAUAUUGGCCAUACUUGGAGAAAGCUGCUAGUGUCCUUCCUGCUCUUUAAGAUCUGACCACAAUGAAACCUUUCCUCAGUGUGAUGCAUGCUCGAGCCCAUGCUACUAAGUGUAAAAUUAAAUGGAGUGGUAGAAACCAGGAAGGAGCAGAGACAACCGCCGGUGAGGAGGUCGAGCAAGUGAACAGCUACCUCUCGCGUUGUCCAACCAAAUAUAUGUCCAAAGCAGCACGGGUAGACAUGCUUACAUUGCAUGCAAUGGGGUGGAACCACAAAAAACGUCUCUCUCUACAUCAGUCACUUUCAACAAGAUAUGUGAAGACUCUCCAGAGACUCAAGGAUGAAACAGCAAGGCUAGCUGAACUAAAAACAGAGUUACUUUGCACAGAUGAAGUGGUGGCACAGUGGCUUUCUGAUGUGAAGGAAUGGGCAGCUGGCGAGACACCAAAUACAUCUCAUGGCAGUCAAGGCACCGCACACAGAGGACUUCAGCAGUCGAUUGAGGGGCUUUACCUUAGUGUGAGGCAGCGGAAGCAAACCCUUUACCGUCAGAAUGGGAUAACUAUAUAAUAUAAUAGGUUGAUAUAUUCAAGCUACUGUAUGCAUCCUACUCCACCACAAAAUACAUGUUAAAUGUACAAGGUUGUAGACUGCAAGCAGCUCCCCUCACCUCUCCCUUUGCAAGCUGUAGUAGAACUACUGUGACAGACGAGAGAAAGUGAGUGGUCCUAUCUCAAGCCAGUGUUUGUUUGUCCAUUGUGGUCUACCGUAGGAACCUCUGUGGAAGGACCAUAUUUAGAUACAAACUUCCCAUUCCAAAGUAAUUAAAGCACAGCAAUCCUUGUUUUCAGGAAUGUGUGUAUCCCCUAAAUGUUACACACUGGACCUUUGGGAGAGAGAUCACAGUAUGCUUUGUGUCCAAAUUUUGAUUUAUUGCCCCCCUCAUAAAGAUAAGACCCCCCACCCUCCCACCCAAACUGGACACCUGUUUGUCCACCCCCACCCAUCUAAAUGAGCAUCUGUUUUUACUGUCCAGUGAUCCUAAGGAAUGUGUGUUUUGGGAACCGUGUUUUUUUUUUUUUUUUGUGUGUGUGGGCCAUUGAAGACUAUUAUGUGUUUAAACUUUAAAUUGUGAAACUGUGUUAAACGGGACAAAGGGAAGUUUUUAUUGGAGUUUUUCACGCACACAUAUCAACAAAAAACAUCAAACAUAUGUGUAAAAUGAGCAACGACUUGCUAGUGUUGUUGUAACGACCUCUAACUAGUUUAAAAACGUUUUAAGUUAAAUAAAAAGUAGAAGUGUACGUGUUUGUUUAUUUAAAACAAACAAAGCAUCUGACACCUUAGUUAAAACAAUAGCAUAACAUUACAAGCUAAAUAAUAUAGAGUUGACUCAUCUUACCAUCUUCUAAAACAAAAAAGCAUCAGAAGCGAACGUUAAGUAAGAUACUUUACAGCGUUCUAACUAGGGCUGCACGAUAUAUCGUUUCAGCAUCGAUAUCGCGAUAUGCACAUCCGCGAUAGUCACAUCGCAGGAUGUGCGAUUUUUAGUAUACUGACCGUUAUAUUUAUACUGAUCGUUUUCGCGACAGCUAUCGCAUCACGCCACCCCGCGACGCACUGUCUUCACUGGACGCGAAAAACGACCGUUGCAAAUCCUUUGAACUUUGUGUCAGUAAGUCAUAAAAAGAAUGAGGGAUUUACUCGCAAGGAUUUGCCGUGUCGCGCCCAAGCGGCAACCUCCCACUCUCUCUAGUGAAGCCAACACGGAAGUGACUAAAACUGCAGUUCAUCGACUGGCCGCUGGAGGCUGGCUCCAAAAGGGAGUCAAUCACAUAGACUCCCCAUGUUAAAAUGCCCAACUUUACAGCAGAAAAAAACAUGUUUACAGCCUGGUACAAAAAAUUAUUUUGGUACAAAAUAAAAUAUACAAAAAUUAAACAAAAGAAAAAGAGCAGCCUCCGUCAGAUAACCGCACACCACCGUGUCAAACUAAGAAUGACUUUACGCCGCUGAGUCCAGACCACGCCUUCCGCCACCCCCUAACAGCGUGAGGAGAGACCGAUGCAAAGAUUUAAAAGAAUUAAAGUAAUGUUUUAACAUUAGAACAAAUGUUAUUUUUAAUAAAUCUUUAGCAUUUCUUAAUUAAUGAAACAAUUCAGCACUCAUCCUAAAGAUUUUCAUUUUAAAAUUAGGUUAGUCUAGUUUUUACCUUUUAAACAAACAGUAAGCCUACCUACCAGGGAAAUGUUGCUUAUUUUAUUUUAUUUACAUUAGUUUAGUUAUUCGCACUUAAUUUAGUAAUUCCUUUAUUUACUCUUCUAUUUUUGUCAAGUUUAAGACUUCUGACGUGUUAUAUAACCCAGACUUUUUUCACUUUUAAAAAUUAGGUUUUUAUUUUCUUCUUAUAAAAAUCGCCUCUAAGCCACAGGAAAAGGUUGUUUGUCUUGUCUUGUUUUAUUUUAUUUUAGUAGUAUAAUACCUUUAUUUACUCUUUGAUUUUGUCAAUCUUUAAACUUUCUAGCCUGCUAUAACGGUUAAAACGCAUACACGCGUAUGUGAGCGGAAACCGGAAUGAAAGCAAAUGUUUCGGACGUCUUUGGAUUUUUUAGCCAUAAUUAGACGCCUAAACUUUUUACAUUAUCGCACGAAAUGUAAAUACUUCGUCUCACGCGAAAUGAGAACGACACUGUGUGUCUGGACGUAUGAUUAACGACGCGACCGUAUCAGAUCAAGAGGUUCGUUGUAAAACAUCUAAAGGUGUUUCUGGAGACGCAACUCAUUUGCAAUCUAACGAGUUUUUGAGGGGGUCUGCCAUCGUAAACUUUGGCGUUGAUGUUCAUUUAUCAAAGGAUGCGUCCCCUUUUGAAGUUUUUAUAUGACACAUAGCUGGUUAAGUUAAAAGUUAGGUAUAGUUUAAGAAGAAAAUACUCAAACAUAAAUACAAACAUGCACAAACAAUCCCCUACAUUUAAACAUUUAAACUUUUAUGAUGUCUCAUACAAACCUUUUACAAACUUGUGAACUUUUAGAAUCACACAUGGGUAUCUCUACAAGAUGAUGAAAAGCAGCAUGAUUAAACAACAAUAUAACUAUUGUUUUAACAAAUAAGUUAAGAUUUGUAAACCUCUCAAACCUAAAACAUGAACCUCUAAAGCAAGGAUUAGAAGCAGUCAAACGAUCCUGUGAUGAAUACAGAGAAUUUCUUCAUGAAUUAGACUGAAAAUUAACACACUGGGUAUCUCUACAAGAUGAUGAAAAGCAGUAUGAUUAAACAAUGAUAUAUCUUUUGUUUUAACAAAUAAGUUUUAGAUCUUUCAAACCUAAAUCAUGAUGCUCUAAAGCAAGGAUUUGAAACAGUCAAAUGAACCUCUGAUGAAUGCAAGUCAGUUACAGAGAUUUUCUUUAUGAAUUAGAGCUAAAUAAGAUUAAAAAUUAGUUGUCAUAAGGUAGUUUGCAACAAAAGUAAUUCCUAAACAAGGUGGUGCAAAUGUCUCACAGAAUCUUUACAGCAGAUUAGACUUUCUCACUUUAAAAAUGGUAUUAUUAACCGUGGGGUUUAAAUGCAGCAUUUUUUUCACAGUAUAAUGCUUUAUUUUAUUAAAAUAAAAACAACUGGUCUAUAUAGGUUUAUUUUACUAAGAAUUGAUCAAAUAAUUGACAGAGGAAAUAAUGCAAAUAAACGAUAAGUCCAAUUUAUCAACCCCCGCCUGAUGUGUCUGACGGUUGUGACAAAUAUCUUACUGAUACAAUUGUGUUAAGAUGUUAAGUAUGUGUAAAACAUGAGCAAAGUUCAUUACUACUGCUAAAAAUAGUUUAAUAAACCACAAACACUCACAUGAAAAACAAACACACACACACACACACACACACACACACUAAAACAACCCCUGCAGUUAAACAUUUCAACUUUUACGAUGUCGUAUAAAUACACUUUUACAAAUAAAAACUUUUAGCAUCACACAGGGUAUCUCUACAAGAUGAUGGAAAACAGUAUGAUUAAACAAUGAUGUAACUUUUGUUUUAACAAAUAAUUUAAGGUUUUGUAGAUUUUAGAUCUUUCACACCUAAAACCGUGAUGAGGAUCAGAAGUUGUCAAAUGAUCCUCUGAUGAAUGCAAUGCGCUUACAGAGGUUUUUUCUUUAUGAAUUAGAUCUAAAAUAGACUAAAAUUAGCUGUUGUAAGGUCGUUUACAACAAAAGAGUGUCUUAAACAAGGUGCGACAAAUGUUUAAUCUUUACAACAGAUUAGACUUUCUUUCUCACUUUAAAAACGGUAUUAUUAACCAUGCUGUUUAAAUGCAACAUUUAUUUUUUCACACUAUAAUGUUUUAUUUUAUUAAAAUAAAAACAAUUGGCUCUUUAUAGUUUUAUUUCACUAAGAUUUGAUCAAAUAAUAGAUAUAAGCAACAAUCAAAUAUUUGAUAACUCCAUCUUAUCACCCAAACUGAUGUGUCUUACGGUUUGUGAUGACAUCAGAAUCAGAAUCAGAACAAGCUUUAUCGGUCAGGUAUGUUUGCACAUACGAGGAAUUUGUUAUAGCGACAGAAGCUCCACAGUGCAACAGAAAGACAGCAACAGGACAGGACACAGAUAAUAAAAGAAUAAUAUACAAAUAGACAAUGUACAAAAUAGCAAAAACACAAUACAUAAUAUAGACAAAUAUGUAUGUACAGUUAUGAUA